AGCACUUCCUGUCAGCAGAGCUGGAGCUGGGAUCACUGUACGCCUCAUCUUGUUGUUCACGUUUAUAAAGCACCUCCCAUUUCUCCAAUCGAGCAGAAGAAAGGAUCAUCGACAUCCACUCUUCUUCCCUUGAGAACUACCGUGGUUCGAUUGAGCUCCGCCAUGUCUCUCACCCGCUAUUCCAAACCCGUUCCCUCUGGGGCUAUAGUGGCAGAGACCCGCGAGCAGCUCAACCAGAUCACCUUCGAGAAUCAAUACACGCUUCUGCACGAAGAAGACGGCGGCUACAUGCUGAAGCAUACCGAAGACGGGACUGUGGUGGCAGUAGCUGGCGACGCUCUCUGCGCGGAGCUCGACAAGGUCUUUGCCGACCUCGACGCCAGGGAGGCUGCAGAGGACAACCAGGAGGAUCAGCAAGGUGGGGACUCCAGCACCGGCGGCUACGGCAACGGUGAAUCGCGGCGAACUGCGAAUGACAUCCAGGCGGACGAUAGGCUGAACGCUUGUGCUCAUCGCAGAUGCUUCAACUCGGUGAUCUGUAUAACUUAUAGAGACUGUCACAUCUGCUCCUCUCGGAAUGUGUGUAUCUGAGGGGCAGAGUGAUUCGUGUGAUGUGUUUGAUGUGUUGAUAUUUGAGUGGUGGGUGAUGGCACAGUUUAUUGUUAAGGACUUGAGGAAGGAAAAUGGGAGAGUGGGGGACAAGCUGGUCUCUUGUUGUUGCUGCUCUCGUGCCACGGAGUGUUUCGGUAAUUUGGACCGGGCAGGGCAUCUCCGAAGCAGUCAGCCAGGACAGCUUUUACAAGUAAUUGGAAAUUAUGACAACCUUGGUUUCUGGCCGUGAUAACAUUUUGUAAUGUCGC